AAGAAGUAUGUUACAGCACCCACAAGAAGGGAAGGAGGAAAAAAGAAGUUUUAUUUUCUUGGUCAUAAUGAAAACAAGAAGAGAAGAAAGAUCCAUUCCAAGGACGUGAGUUGGGCAGGAGCUAUAAAAACUUAAAAUAAGACGUGCCAUUUGAUGAUUGCUGACUUCAUCCAUUAGCCAAGUCCAAAAGUGGCCACAGCAAAGUGCCAUAUACAUCACAAUAAAAAGUCAGUUCUAUUAGCAUCAUGAUUUUGUCUGGAAAACUUGUUAGUGUAUAAUCUUGUUGAAUAAUUGAAAUCUCAAUGGAUUCUGAUGUAGCAGCACUCGGCGAAAGAUCAAGAUCAUGUUCAAAGGGUGCAAAUACAAAUUCGGAUGUAGCAGCAACCUUGAAACUUGUAUUGCAAAAUGAAGUCACAAAUGGUCAUGGAGACAAAGGUUGAAACUUGAACCCUUCUCCAAAAAAACAGAAGACGAGCGGCAACAUGCUUGGAACGAAGGGCGUGCACACGCUCGAAUUCAAACCUCAUCAUAUUUUAUGUUGCAGUGGCGUUAUCCGCAAUGAAUACGUGCAUGCAGCUGCACAUGCAGAAGCGGACAAACAUACUUACAAAUCCUUCGCAACUAAGUCUGCCCAUGACAUAAAAUAAUAUUAGAACCGAAACAAGCUUUUAUGGAGGUUUGCAUGGGAUUCAUCCGGUCAGCCGUGGUUCCAGUUGGGCUGUUCUUGGAUAGCUGUCAGCUGCAGUCACGCGAGCCUCAGCCGAGCGGCUUUUCCGAGAUACGACAAGUUUUAGGUACAUUGAACGGAUUACCCCAUCUCUCCGGUAUCGUCGACCAUUGCAUCUGUCAAACUCUCUUAUUUAUAGGACGUCUCCCUCUGUCCCGACACUUGCAAUCCCUCUCCAAUGGCGGCUGCAACAACCUCCACCACUAAACCCACACGGAGGAAUGGCAGCUUCCCUCCCGAGUUCGAGAGCUUCCACAAGUUCUUCGAGUGCUGGCUUGCCGAGCAGAACCAGCACCUCCACGACCUCAUCUCCGCCUCCUCCCCCGCCCGGGACGCCAACGACCAAGCCCUCCGCCCCCUCAUCGACCGCGUCUUCCGCCACUACGACCAUUACUACAAGGCCAAAUCGCGGUGCACCAAGCAAAACGUGCUCCCCAUGUUCUCGCCGGCAUGGAGGAGUUCGCUCGAGGAUGCCUUCCUUUGGAUUGGCGGGUGGCACCCCAGCAUGGCCUUCCACCUUCUCUACUCCAAGUCCGGUUUCCAGCUCGAGGCCCACCUCGCCGAGCUCCUCCGGGGCCUCACCACUGGCGACCUUGCCGACCUCUGCCCUAGCCAGCUUGCCCUCAUUGACGACCUCCAGAGGAGCACCAUCCGUGAGGAGAAGGCCAUCACCGAGAAGUUUGCCAAGCACCAGGAAAUGGUUGCCAACGUGUCCAUGGUGGAGCUCUCACACGCUGUCACGGAGAUGAACCGCACUGCCGGCAGGCAGGCCGUGGCAGAGAACGAAACCGCGAUGGAGGAAGAGGUGGAGAGCACGCUGGCGGCGAAGGAGAAGGGGCUGGAGGAGAUUCUGCAGAUGGCGGACGAUCUGAGACUGAUCACGCUCAAGGAGAUUCUCAACAUCUUGUGCCCGAUGCAAUCCGUGCAUUUCCUGAUUGCAGCUGCAGAGUUGCACCUGAGGAUUCAUGAGUGGGGGAAGAAGAAGGAAGAAGCUCAAGCUCAAACUUAGCUCAUCAUCAUGAAGCUAAUGCACCAGCCCAAUAACACUAGUUCCAAUACAGGUUCAUCUUGCAUAGCGGAUAGUAGUCUUAGAUGAUUUCACGAAUGGCUAGGUUUCUUUUUAAACUAAUCAAGUGUCGCUAGGAAUUAGGAUGUGUUAGGUUGGAUUUUACUUGGAAGAAGCAGUGUCCUAUGACUAAUAGCAGUUUCUGACUUC